AUGUUGCGGAAGGUUACGUUCGAGCUCGGCCGAUGCGUCCGCGAGACGGGCCAGGCCAUGGACCGCCUUGGCCUGCGCGUGCUUGGCAGCAACGAGGCCCGCGAGAAGUUCUCGCGCCACCGCCAGAUCAUGAACCUCUACGACAAGGUCCCGUCGGUGGCCUACGACUCGUGGGUCGCGCCCAACGCGUCGGUCAUUGGCGACGAGACGGCCGGCGCCGUCCGGUCGUCGGUGGCCUUGUACGCCACGGCGUAG